GGACAAAUUGUAUGUAUACUAGUUACUCUUAGGUUAUAAUUUUUAACUGCAUUACAUUCAAAAUUACUACCAAAUAUCUUACUUUCUCAUUAUAGCAAUGAGUAAACAUUAUCAUUAUUCUUAAUAAAAUAAUUGAGCACGUUAUAAAGGAUGGCGCCGAGUAUUCCUGAUAGAUGGACAGCCUACAUGGCGUGUGGCAAGGUUAUUGCAGGAACAAGAUUCGUUUGCUUCAAAGUGCCAUUGAAAAAGGCAGUACAAAGCCAGUUUAAAGAAAUAUGGGAUAUCAAGACACUUCUGGAAACAUUACCGAAGUUGGGAGCCGUUAUCGACUUGACUAAUACCAGUAGAUAUUAUAAUCCAGAAGAUCUACUGAAAUCAGGUAUUCUUUACAAGAAGAUAUUUAUGCCAGGACGCAUAAUACCUCCAGAAGAGAAAGUACACGAAUUUAUGGAUGCCGUUGACGAGUUUGGAAAAGAUCGCGAAAGCCUGAUUGGUGUACAUUGCACGCAUGGUUUGAACCGCACCGGGUAUAUGGUGUGCCGGUAUAUGCGCGAUAGAAUGGGUUUCGACGCCAAGGAUGCAAUUCACAAAUUCGAAAUUGCUCGUGGCUACAAAAUUGAAAGGGACAAUUAUAUAGCACACUUAAUUGGACUUAAACCACCUCCACCAGAUUUGGGGAGCACGACAAAAAUAGUACCCAAAUCACCACCCUGCGACGAUCACCAUCUCAAAAGUAGUCAUUAUAAUGACAGACGAAAAAAUGGUGAAAGUGAAAGAAAAUCUCGGAGAGAUGAGUGGUCAGAGGACAAUGAAGAUUCUUAUCACAGUGGUAGAUACGUAAGACAUCCCCAACGUACCAACUCAAGAAAUGAACCUCGAGAAAGAAGCAAACAUCGGCGAAAAAACUCUUCACAAAGUAGAAGUUAUUCCAGUUAUUAUGGGAAGAAUAGGAAUAAUUCUGACUCUGACAGUUCAUACGGAUAUGAUUAUAGGCAUGAUUAUUGACAGUAACUCAGUUAACAGUUUUAAAACAGUUUUAUAUAAAUAGUGCUGACAAGGACUCGAAUCUUAAGGGUUAUUUUAAACUCAAUAUUUUGGGGCAUUAACAAUUUU